CAGUCGAGCCGCCGUGGGUCGCUGCUGCGGAGCAUGCCAAGACCAAGAUGGAAGAGCUGUAUAUGUACAUCCAAACGAUUGAGCGAGAGAAGGAAGCACUGGGCCAAGACGUGGCAGAGUGGAAGGAGCGUGAGCUCAAGCAGCGGGCAGACAACGUGGCGUUGACCAAGCGCAUCGAAGAGCUCGAGCGCGCGCUCUUCGACGCAAGGCAGCAAAAGGACGUACUAUGUCAGCGCGUCUUUGACACGCAGCCAGCCGUGCGGGAGCUAGACGCCGGGCACAUCCACGUGCUUAAGAGCCAGAUCGAAGCACUGCAGACGUCGCUCGACGACGCCGAGCGAGCGCGGCAGAGCGCUGUGUUUAAGAUCAGUGAGCUCUCCAUGGGCGGCUCACCCGAAAAGACAACACAAGACGAGUGGAUGAAACACUUCAAGCACGACCAUGAGCUUCUACUACAACGCGCCAAGCUCAAUAUGGCGCAGCUACAGGAGCGUCGCGACAUUGAGAUGGACGUUGCUCUGCGUAAGCUGCGCCUUGAGCACGCUUGUGCGAUCGAGAAGCUCAAGUUAUCGCACGAAAUGACGCUGACCGAGUGGCGCCACGACGAAGCGCGGCGCGGCAAAGAGAUCGAAAGUGCCAUGGAAGCCGACCGCCACAGCGCCAGACUCGAAAUGAAGCAUCAUCUCCAGAAUGCGCAGAUCCACCACCAGGUAGCGAUUGGCACGCGUGGACAACGUCUGCUUGUGGACGCACCGCGUCCGGACGACGAGCUUGUCGUCCGACUCGCGCUGGACGGCCUCCGCGCCCGCCGCCUCGACGCCGUCAAGAAGCUGUGCUUGAUUCGGCACGCAUUCUGGCGCCAUCACCUUCUGCGCCGAUGGUAUCGGUGGCAACAUGUCGCUGGCACCGCGAAAUGCGUGCGGACCGCGGCGCGACGAACGCUCUCGCGCUGCGUCCAGCGGCGGUCAGAGGAAGCCGCUCGCGCUGCAUUUCAAACGUGGCGCUUUGCCGCGUCGAGCGCUGCGCAACAAGGGUUACACACUGCCGUGAUGCAGCAAGUGCUCUCAGGCGAGCGUAUCCUGCGGUGGGUGGUCGCCAGAUGGCGCCGUCGCGUGCUCGUGGCCUUUUGGACCUGGAAGUCGCACAGCCUCGCAAGGGCCUCCGGCGACAGCGCCGCACUCAAAGCAGAGAUCACCAAGCUGCACGACGAGCUCGCCAAGACCAAGGCCGAGACGUGGCGAUGCAAGCGGCAGCUGCUCCAGCAAUUCAAGCAGUCGGCCAUGUAAUGCGAUAAGUAGUCGGCACCUAGCAAGUGGCAACGUGGGAUCGCACUUGCCAGUCACUGC